AUGUGGCACCUUGGCCGUAGAUUUCCGAUCAAUCGGGUAUUGCCAGCUCAACCUGAAUUUGAAUAUGGCAUUGAUCGCGAUGCUGAUUUCUUACUGACAGGGGGUGAUUUGGCUACAAGCCCACAUCGUAUGUUGUACACACAGAUCAGAGGGGUAAGUAUAAAUUUUUUGGUUUAAAAUUUAUCGACCGGUCGAUAAUUUUAAAGUUCAAAAUUUUGGUUUUUUUAAAAGUUUUUAAGGUUUGAAUAUUAAAAAAAUAUUUCUUCAAAAUUACAGUACCCUUUCAGGACCGUACAGGCCCACAACUAAGUUCCUGGCGUAUGUUUGGCUUGAGUGUGGUACUAUCCCUAACAUGUCUACUGUUCAUCUUCUACGUGAUAAAACUAAUUUGGAGCCGGUUUGGAGUGAAUCCAAAUGAAUCAGAAGAACUUCUACCGGAAUCACCGUCGGAACAAACGUUGGUCGAGGAGACAGAUCUAUGUUAUGGUGCUAUACCAUAA